AUGUUUCCAGUGGUGCAAGUGCUGCUUGUCUAUCUCGUCGUUCAGAGCCACGCGCUGCAUUACCACCAACCGAACCAGAUUGGGUACCCGGGUGCAGGAUUCGCCGGUUACAGAACCACUGCUGCUGCUACGGUACCUUACGGAAGAUACGAUGCCUACGAAUCUCCACCUAAGCCGUACAGUUUCGGCUACGACAAUGUGGACGAGUUCGGUAACCGGCAGUUCCGCAGCGAGCAGGGCGACUCCAGCAACGCCAAAACUGGCUCGUACGGUUAUCGAGACGCGAAUGGUCUCUAUCGGAGGGUGAACUACGUGGCGGACGCGUACGGCUUCCGCGCCACAGUGGACACCAACGAGCCUGGAACGGCCCCUGGAGCGAGCGCCGACGCGGUCUUUAACGCUGCACCAGUGGUGCCACCGGUUCCCUCUGGCAAUGUACAGGGUGGCGCACCUGCAGGCUUUGCCGCUAGAGUGGCGGCACCUUACAAUGGUGGGGGCUACGGUGGCUACGGAAGAUACGGAUACAACCCGUAUGCUAGCGCUGCUGCAGCGUACGGAUACCCCCCGUACGGACGUGAGGGGUAUGCUGCCACUGCACCAGGAUUUGGUGGAUUUGCCUACGGCGGCCAGUCUCCAUACGGCUACGGCGCAGCCGGUUACGGGGUGCCAGUGCUGCUCGUCUAUGUCAUCGUACGUUGUGACGCACUAAAUCACCACCACACGAACCAAGUUGGGUACACGGGUGCAGGAUUCGUCGGUUACAGAGCUACUGCUGCUGCUGCGGUGCCUUACGGAAGAUACGAUGCCUACGAAUCUCCACCUCAGCCGUACAGUUUCGGCUACGACAAUGUGGACGAGUUCGGUAAUCGGCAGUUCCGCAGCGAGCAGGGUGACUCCAGCAACACUAAAACCGGCUCGUACGGAUAUCGAGACGCGAAUGGUCUCUACCGGAGAGUGAACUACGUGGCGGACGCGUACGGCUUCCGCGCCACAGUGGACACCAACGAACCUGGAACAGCCCCUGGAGCAAGCGCCGACGCGGUCUUUAACGCGGCACCAAUGGUGCCACCGGUUCCCUCUGGCAAUGUGCAGGGUGGUACACCUGCAGGUUUUGCCACUAGACUGGCGGCACCUUACAAUGCUGGUGGCUACAGUGGCUACGGAAGUUACGGAUACAACCCCUAUGCUAGCGCUAGUGGAGCAUACGGAUACACCUCGAACGGACGUCAGGGGUACGCUGCUGGUGCACCGGCACUUGGUGGAUUUGCUUAUGGCGGCCAGUCUCUAUACGGUUACGGCGCAUCUGGUUACGGCGCAGGCUACGCUCCUGGCCUCUAUGAAGUUCCAGUUCUGCUCGUUUAUGUCGUCGUUGAAUGCCACGCGCUACAUCACCACCAGACGAACCAAGUUGGGUACCCGGGUGCAGGAUUCGCCGGUUACAGAGCUACUGCUGCUGCUGGGGUGCCUUACGGAAGAUACGAUGCCUACGAAUCUCCACCUCAGCCGUACAGUUUCGGCUAUGACAAUGUGGACGAGUACGGUAACCGGCAGUUCCGAAGCGAGCAGGGUGACUCAAACAACGCCAAAACGGGCUCGUAUGGCUAUCGAGACGCGAACGGUCUCUAUAGGAGGGUGAACUACGUGGCGGACGCGUACGGCUUCCGUGCCACAGUGGACACCAACGAGCCUGGAACGGCCCCUGGAGCAAGCGCCGACGCGGUUUUUAACGCUGCACCAGUGGUGCCACCGGUUCCCUCAGGCAAUGUGCAGGGUGGCGCACGUGCAGGCUUUGCCGCUAGAGUGGCGGCGCCUUACAAUGGUGGGGGCUACGGUGUCUACGGAAGAUACGGAUACAACCCAUAUGCUAGCGUGGCUGGAGCGUACGGAUACCCCCCGUACGGACGUCAGGGGUAUGCUGCCACUGCACCAGGACUUGGUGGAUUUGCCUACGGCGGCCAGUCUUCAUACGGCUACGGCGUAGCCGGUUACGGGGCAGGCUACGCGCCUGGUCCCUAUGGCGUCUCUGCUGGAUACGAAAGCUGGCCUUCAGCUCAUCGCGGAUUUCGUCGUCGUUAA